AUGUACUUGAAGGCGGGAAAAGACAAUGGGUUUUCGAUCGGGGAAACGAACGGAUGGCAAAGAGCACGACUGACUUCCUCCCACAUCUGGAAGCGGUCAACUAGACUCGACGCUGAAUGGACGACUCCAGUUACCUCUGACGUGCCGAAAGCGCGCCCCAAGAUACGGCAAAAGCUUAUUUUACGGUGCUUGCACUAA